CCGGAAAUAGCCAUUUGGCGGUAAAAUUUGUAACUCUGCUAAAUUAUCUUCAAGAUUUUGACAAAUACUGCUAUUUAUCGACUCCAGAUAGGAAGAGUCGUGGUAUCCCUGGAAGUGGGAAAAUUAAAGGCAUUAUUAUAUAGCGUCGUUGCAGCUGUUAGUCAACUCACCAAGGCAUUCAAGAAAUCGUGAAAACUGCAACCAUGAAACUUGUGACUCCAGAGAUAUCAUGGCAUGGAAGAGAUCCAAUUUACAGUAUAGAUUUCCAAUACCUUAAAGGGAACAUGCGUCGUAUGGCCACAUGUGGGACAGAUAAGAAUAUCAUGAUGUGGAAUAUUGUUGAAGACAAAGAAGGCAAACCAACCCCAGAAUUCCUUGCAACUCUAACACGUCACAACCGGGCUGUGAAUGUUGUACGUUUCUCUCCUGAUGGUGAAUUGUUGGCCUCGGGAGGAGAUGAUUCUUACAUCAUGCUGUGGAAAUUAAAUGACACCCUCGUACCCGUCAACAAUAUAUUCCAAGAAGAGGAGGCAGAGAACAAGGAGAUAUGGUCCACUUUUAAGGUGUUAAGGGGUCACUUAGAAGAUGUUUAUGAUCUGUCCUGGUCCAAGGACAGUCGCUACAUUCUUUCUGGUUCUGUUGACAACAGUGCCAUCUUGUGGGAUGCCAAAAAAGGUCAGUCCCUGAAGAUGUUUACUGAACACAAAAGCUUUGUACAGGGUGUUGCAUUUGAUCCCUUACAGAAAUAUUUAGCAACACUAAGCAGUGACAGGUCACUGCGAGUGUUCAGCACAACUUCCAAAGCUUGUCUUGCCAAUACAUCUAAGAUAUCAGUCCCAAAUGCACAGAAUGCUGAUGGUGAAACAAAGCCCAAGUCCUUUAAGAUGUACCAUGAUGACACGAUGAAGUCAUUUUUCCGUCGACUGACCUGGACCCCAGAUGGCCAGUUGUUGAUCACACCUGCUGGUUGUAUUGAGUCAGGGGAUAAGACUGUCAACGCCACCUAUGUGUUCGUUAGAGGCCAGUUUUCAAAACCAGGACUAUAUCUGCCUGUGCCACAGAAGGCCACCAUUGCUGUUAAAUGUUGUCCAAUAUUGUUUGAGUUAAACAAGAAAUUGAGGCCUGAUGUGGAUCCAGAUGAUGAGAAGCUUAAAGAAUGGGAAAAAUAUUCAACAAUUUUCAGUCUACCAUACAGGAUGGUGUUUGCUGUAGCUACAGAGGACAGUGUGUUAUUGUAUGACACUCAGCAGUCCAUACCAGUAGGCUACAUCUCUAACAUACACUACCACCAGCUUAGUGAUCUUACGUGGUCUCAAGAUGGUCGUCUGCUUGCUGUGUCUUCUACAGAUGGCUACGUCUCAAUGGUACAUUUUAAUGAGAAUGAGCUUGGAAUACCAUAUAAGGAGCAACCUGUCACUAUAUCUGAUCCUGUGAAGAAACUUGCAAAUGAAGAAACCCAGGCAUCCUCCCCCUCAACUCUAAGUACCAACAAGCAGAAAUCUGAUGAACCAGGGCUCAUACAAGUUCGUAAAAAAGAGAGCCCUGAAAACAAACCUAAGGACAGUGGUGAAGCUUCUGUUAUACAGUUCCGUAAAAAAGAGAAACAAAGUCCAAAAUCCAAACCAGUUGAUGCCACUGAAGCUACAGUUAUUCAAGUUCGGAGAAAAGAGAAUCCAAAGCUCGAAAAUAAGGAUCCAGAUGGUAUCAAAAUUCGUAAAAAAGAAAAUUCUGAAUCUGAUAAAGGAUCCAACACUUCUGGAGCUACUGGAGGGAGUGAUAAAGGGGAAGAGGACCAGAAAGUGGAUGGGAAAGAUGAUAAGGCUACUGUUAUAGACUCUGAGAAGCCUAUUGGACCUCAAACACCUACCAGCACUUCAAAGCAGCCUAGACGUGUAGUUCUAACAACAAUCAGCAACAGUCCAUCAACCAAUCAGAACCAGGCUUCCUCAUCCAAUCAGAGUCCUGUAGUAGUAACCAAUCAGAUUAAGAAUACUGAUGCUGUCAUGUUGAAGCCCGGCACUCCAAAACAAGGACGGAGAAUACAAUUGAUGACCAUGUCUUCGCAGAGUCCGAGUCGUCUCCCUAGCGAUUCCUCGGAUAUAGAAUCCUCUGAUCAGGACUUCCAUCUCCACUUAGAGUCCUCUUCAGAUGAAGCUGAACUCUCCAAACAUCGGACCCUGCAUGGAGGAUUAGGAGAUACAACAAGUGUUUCCUCUGGUACAUUGCCCACAAAUUCCAAGUCAAAAAGUCCGCGAAGGGUUAAUUUAGUAACUUUAUCGAGUACACCUGAGAAACGGGAUGAAAAUGAGACUGAUUCCGAAUUGAAAUCACAAACUUCUAAAAUGACGCUCACUCCAAGUAGUAAAAUUGAUAAGGUGGAUGUAACACCAAGUAGAAAAAUAGAUGGUGCAACAUCUCUGACCCCAACUAGUAGACCAGCAGAUGGGGCAAAAGAUUCACCAAAACCCAGUAGGAGGGUCCAAUUGAUUACCCUUAGUGCUAGCCCCAGUUCUACUCCCCCUAACAGCCAAAAUUAAUCCUUGAAUAUACACUCCCCUCCACAAGACUUUGAACCAGAAGUCCAUUUUGGAUCACAUAUCAAAGAUUGUUUAUGUUUGGCAAUUUAAAACAAAUUUUCAUAAUUGUCAUGAAUUUCAGAACAAUUAUAAUUAAUCAACAAAAUUAAGAUCGAAACAUUGAUAGACAUUGAUAUGUUAUCUCAUGAAAACUUCCAGUUGCCAAACUUAU